CGUGACACUGAAAGAGAAAUGAUUCACCUGUCGACUGUCACACCUGUACGAGCGAGUUUGAUCGCAGCGAUCCCUGUCGAGUCCGGACUCUUAUAAUAACCCACAUACAUUUCUUUAAUGUUCUCCAUGGAGUACCAGGAGAUAUACCAACCCUGAACUAGCUGGAGCUUCAUCACUAAACCUCAGACGCGAUCCAGCCCAGAAAACCUGACUGAUACCAGCGUGAUGAAACCUCCGGAGGAGAUAGGAGCCCUCAGCAGGAGUGAUGGAGGUCUGCUGGUGGAGCGAGACGCGCCGGCGGAGGAGGAGGAGGACGAUGGAGACGAUGGCAGACGGCUCCAGGACUCCUGGGGGCCAGAGGAGGCCGUGCAGGCGUUCACCCCGAACGUGAUGAUCGUGACGCCGACGGGACGCGAGGACGUCCAGAAGGAGAUCCAGAGCGAGAAGGUUCCUCUGUGUGUGCAGAACUUCCACGCAGACCCUCCAGAGCGCUUCCACCCGCCGUGGAUCGACCAGAUCGACAAACCUGGAGACAGCGCUUGCGUGGAGGUUGUGCGUCUGAUCGUUUGCGUCACGGCCGCGGCGGUGAUUUUCCCGUUACUGACGUGGGCCGGAUACAAGCUCCUCCCCUUCGAUGCCCCGCCCAUCGAAAGCCCCGCCCUCAGACUGAUCUACACGCUGCGCUGCGCCUUCUUCGCCAGCAUCCCCAUCGUGCUCGGUGUGCUGGUUCAGGGCGUGUCCCGCCUGAGGUUCCGGACGCUGAAGCCUCUGUUCGAGGGAACGUGGGAGAAUCGCGAAGUAAUCGUCCACAGCCAUUACGUACGAGACUCGAUGACCCUGCACCUGCUCUACUUCCUGCAGCUCGCCGUCAUGGCGACAUACACCCAACAGGAAACGCUCAAACUGGUGCCGCUCCUCACCAUCAUCUUCGUCUUCGGCAGACUGAUCUACUGGGUGUGUGUCGUGUUGGACAGCAGCGUCCGAGCGCUCGGCUUCGCUCUCUCCUUCCUGCCUCUGCUCGUUCUGCUGGCCGCUAAUCUUUAUUUCAUUGGCUCGGUGAGCGGACAGGAGGCGGUGUUUCACGUGACCCCGCCCACUACAGCUCCGCCCCCAAAACAGAGGUGGUGGGGCUAAAAGAGCAUCUGAAUAAUCACUAUGAAAGCCACUUUACCACAGAUGAUCAAAGAAUAAAGACUGAAGGACUGAAUGAGACGAAACUCGAUAUGUGUCAUGAGACAGAACCAGUUUAACUGCUGCAGACCUCAGCUACUCCCCGUGACUUCACAAACACAAAAAAUACAAUUUUCUGGACGUGUUUUUUUUCUGGAUACUUUUUUUUGUCUUACAGAAAAGUAUUUUCAUGUUUGAUCUUUGAGACAUGUUGCUAGUCAUUGUAAUUGCUGAUAUUUCAUUGACUGUACCAUAUUCCUUGUAUGUGUAAUGUUUGUCGUAAUGCAGUUUUGUCGCUUGAAUCUGAUGUUUCCACAGCUGUAUGAUGGUUUGAAUGUUUAUUAAUAAAUGAUGCACAAGAUA